CGCUGCGCACGCGCAGAGCCGCCCGGCGGGGAUGUCCCGCAAACAGGCGGCCCGGGCGCGGCCCGGCGGCCCCAAAAAGGCCCGGCGGUCCCGGCAGCCCCCCGGCGGUACGGCCCCGAAGUCCUCGGAGGGUGGCGGGGGUCUCGCCAGGCAGCUCCGGGCCCUCGGCCUCAAGCUGCGGGAGGUGCCGGGGGAUGGCAACUGCUUGUUUCGGGCCCUGGGUGACCAGCUUGAGGGACACUCCCGGAACCACCUCAGGCAUCGCCAGGAGACGGUGGAGUACAUGAUAAAGCGGCGAGAGGACUUCGAACCCUUUGUGGAGGAUGAUGUUCCCUUUGAGAAACAUGUUACCAAUUUGGCAAAGCCUGGUACCUUUGCUGGCAAUGAUGCUAUUGUGGCCUUCGCAAGGAACAAUCAAAUGAAUGUGGUCAUUCAUCAGCUGAAUGCUCCACUGUGGCAGAUUCAGGGCACUGACAAAAGCAACGUGAGGGAACUGCAUAUUGCGUAUCGGCAUGGAGAGCACUACGACAGUGUGAGGAGAAUCAAUGAUGAUUCUGAAGCUCCCGCGUAUCUUCGGAUGGAGAUGCUCUCCAAAAAUGACUCAAAUAAGGAGGAGGAAAUGAAGAAACAGAAGGGUGACUCUGAAGAUGAGACUGAAGUUGAAAUGGAAGCUGCUAUACAAGAAGUGUGCAGUGCAACUGGGUGUUCAGACAUUGAGUUGGUAAGCCAAGUUCUGAAAGUGGAAGACUAUAACUUAGAAUCUGCAAUAUUUGCCAUCUUUCAAGUGAAGGAAGUGGAAAGAAUCAGUGCUGAGGAGCAGAAUGAUCCCCAGAGCAAAGGUCAGAAAUCAUGUGCCUCAACUCUGAGUGAAGAUAACGGAAGCGGUUCAGGAAUCUUUGGAAGUCAGAGUUUGCAUCACCAUGAAAUAGAAAACAGCAAAGGACAGGUUAGAUCUGAUGAAGAGGGUCGAGCUAACAAAAACCCAAAGGUAUCUAAAAAGCAAAAGAAGGAACAGCAGCGGCUGGAGAAGAAGAAGCGACAGGAAGAAAGGCACCGACAGAAGGUCUUGGCCAGUAAGAGUAACUGCACAGAUAGCAGCAGGAAAGAGGUGGACUCAGAUAACCAAAUAACCUUGGUGAAGACCAUGGCAGCUCUAAACAUAUGACUGUGUGUGUUCUGAGCGUGCUGGGGAGGAAAGCAAAGGAAACUUGUGAAGAUAAAUCUCCUCUUAAGCAAACCUCCAAGCAUCUGUUGUUACUGUGAAAUGAGUUUUCGUGGAGAUCUCUGAGCACAUAGGAACUUUGUUUCUUCACUUGCAGGGCGGACAGUUAUUCAGUGAUCCUACAAGCUCCUGUGUGAGAGAAGAGUUUUCUACCUAACGAAGUAGAGGCUUAUUUUCAUUAUUUUGGGUUUAGAUAAAGGUGAGACAAUUUUCCUCACACAGCAGCAUCAGAUUUGCUUUGAGAUCUCUUGAUAUGCUUAGAUUUAUUACAGCAACUUUCUACUAUGGAGGAGAUUUAUUUUACCUUACUGUCAGGGAAAAUGUUAACAAUUCUCAACUCAGGAACAUGCUUUUUAUUUUUUUUUCUAUUUAAGUUUUAAAAGUAAGGGAACAAAGUCCCAGAAUUCUUUAUAAAAAAAAAAAAAAUGUGUCAGCCAACACCAUCAAACAUGAGAUUCCUCUUUUCUUUUUCCACAAGAGAGCAGACUCCUGAGGCUGCAGAGCUGAUUCAUUCGAUCUGGUGAAGCCUAAUGAGGUAGUAAAAUACGACGUGAGCAGGCUUGGGAUUUGUGCUGAGUGCUGUUACUUGGACAUCUGGAAUCUCAUCUCCUUUGCCAUACUCAGGAGCUUUAGGGCUACUCCAGAGCUUUAGUCCAAGCCAGGAACUUGAUAGUCAUUAGUCUCUAAAUGAAAUUAGUACAACCACUGGAUCAAGAGUCUUGGGAAAAAGCUUCCAAGCAGCAGUGGUUACUGGAAACCAUGCCUGCUUCACUCUUCAUAAAUCAAGCUUUUUCUAGGGUAGGAUUUUCAUCUUACAUUCCUCUCAAAUAUGGUCACUAGGUACUGUGGAAUAUGCAGCUUGGAACCUCUGUGGUGCUUUCCACUACAGGGUUGGGAAUUUGAACUGAAGUGUAAGUGAUACAGGACUUGGCCUUAGAUUUAUGGCUUGCAGUAUUUCAGCUUCAUUCAGGUUUUGGACUUGUAUCAAGCAUCAGCUUUAAGAAAGCACAUGUGUACUUACACACAACAGACAACAGGAGACAUCAGCCAGGGCUGUUUGAAAAAAAUUUUUUUUUUCAAAGAAAGAAACAUUAAAAAAAACCCAAAACUGUGCAUAA